GGUGUGUUCUCGAGCUGCUAGGUGUGUUCGCGAGCUGAAGAAGGGCGCACCGCUGCUGCGGGCUGGAAGCGACAGCCGCAUGGUUUGAGAGGGGCGCCCGUCUCGGUUGACAAAACACCCGAGGUGCACUUGGAAAUUCUGAGGUCAAGUCCGGGGGCCCGGCCAUGGCCUCAAAGAUCUUGGCGGCCGUUGCACGGCAGGGAAGAAAGGUGACACAGCUUGGGGGCGCCCAGCUUUCUGCCACCAGGGCAUAUGCUGCAGAGGCUCUCACGGUCCAAGAUGAGCGGUUUGUGAAGUACAAUUCCCCCGUAGCAGUCAACCAUGAUCUGACUAGCAUACUCGGCAGGCCUGAGACCAAGAUCACAACCCUGGCAAAUGGUCUCCGAGUAGCUACAGAAACAACUCCUCACGCUGAGACUGCAACAGUAGGGGUCUGGAUUGAUGCAGGCAGCAGGUUUGAGUCGGCAGCCAACAAUGGCACCGCGCACUUUCUGGAGCACAUGGCUUUCAAGGGGACAAAGAAGAGGAGCACUAGGGCGCUGGAGGAAGAGGUUGAGAACAUGGGGGGCCAUCUGAAUGCGUACACGUCCCGGGAACAGACGACCUACUAUGCGAAAGUUGUGAAGAAUGACGUGCCAAAAGCAAUGAACAUCCUUGGGGACAUUUUGCAAAACUCGUCGAUCAAGCAGGAGGACGUCGACAGGGAACGGAGCGUGAUCCUCCAGGAGAUGAGGGAGAUCGAGGGCCUGUCCGAUGAGGUCCUGUUUGAUCACCUGCACGCGACAGCGUUCCAGCACAGCCCCCUUGGUCAGACUAUCCUCGGGCCAAUGGAGAACAUCCAGUCCAUCACCAAGGAGGAUAUUGAGGACUACAUCUCCACGCACUACACCGCUCCUCGGAUGGUGCUUGCUGGCGCGGGGGCUGUUGACCAUGACGAGCUUGUCAAGCUCGCUGAGAAGGAGUUCUCCAGCCUGUCCAGUGACCCUACUACCGCAGCGCAGCUCGUGGCCAAGAACCCGGCCAUCUUCACUGGGUCUGAGGUCCGCCUGCGCGACGACGACAUGGAGAAGGUCAGCUUUGCGGUCGCGGUGCAGGGCGCCUCCUGGACGGAUCCCGACACCAUGGCUCUUCAGGUCAUGCAGACCAUGCUUGGGUCCUGGUCCAAGGCAGCCGGAGCUGGGAAGCACAUGGGGUCGGAGCUUGCGCAGCGGGUAGCAGCAGACAAUUUGGCAGACAGCUACAUGGCAUUCAACACAAACUACCGUGACGCAGGCCUGUUCGGGAUAUACGCUACCUGUGAUGGGAAGGUCGCUGACGACCUCUGCUGGGCAGUCAUGCACGAGUUCACCAAGCUAGUGUACCGAGUGUCCGAGAUGGAUGUCACCCGCGCAAAGAAUCAGUUGAAGGCCAAUUACCUGAUGCUACAAGAUGGCACUGGACCGAAGGCGGAGGACAUUGGGAGGCAGCUCCUGGUAUACGGCCGCCGCAUUCCCCCGGCGGAGCUCAUCGCGCGCAUUGACGCAGUGGAUGCGAACACCAUCAAGCGUGUGGCCGACAGGUUCAUCUAUGACAAGGACCUCGCAAUCGCUUCCAUGGGACCCACUCAGAACCUUGCCGACUAUGUCUGGUUCAGGAGAAGGACAUAUUGGCUCAGGUAUUAGUACGUCUCCAGGCCACCAAAGGCAGAUUCGUCGACCGUACACAGAUGACCCAUUGAACGUGGAGCUGGCUUCUCAGCUUCAGCUACAAUCAGAGCCGCUCUUUCGCAAGCUACAGUUGUGGUCGUCUCACCAUGUAUAUGCUCCCCUUUUGAGGACCCAGUCUUCAGUCCUGUGAUCACGAGUAAGCUUCUCAUGAAAGACACGAGAGCCGACUUGUGUGCGGAUCUCAACGGAGCGGGCACUUGGUUGAGCUUCAAUCUUCCGACCUUCAACAUCUCAGCGUUUUGUUCAGUUUGAGUGUACAUUGUUGUUGUCAAGUUGACAUGAAAGACAAUCUAAGAAGCUAUCACUGCU